AUGGAUCUCUCAGAUAAAUUCUUUGUCAUUGCCUUUGCUGUGAUCGCAGCUGCUUCGGCGGCCUCCAUUGCCACGGAUUACCUGCCCCCAGUGGACAACAACCUCGAAGCCGCCUCCGAGCAGGUCGAGCUGCCCGCCGCCGAGCAGGGUCUUCUCUCCGAUGAUGGAUACCGCUACAAGACCGUCCGCCGCCUCAAGCUCCGCCACCGUCGUGACGUAAAUGAGCUGCCCACCGCCGAGUACCUGCCCCCAGUUGAGGAAGCAUCCGAGGCUGUUGCCGUCGAGACUCCUUUGGCCGAUGAUGGAUACCGCUACAAGACUGUCCGCCGUGUGAUCCGUCGCCGUCGUGACGUGAACGAGCUGCCCACCGCCGAGUACCUGCCCCCUGUGGAGGAGGCCUCUGAGGCUGUUGCCGUUGAGACUCCCCUGGCUGAUGAUGGCUACCGUUACAAGACUGUCCGCCGUGUGAUCCGUCGCCGCCGUGACGUGAACGAGCUGCCCACCGCCGAAUACCUGCCCCCUGUGGAGGAGGCCUCUGAGGCUGUUGCCGUUGAGACUCCCCUGGCUGAUGAUGGCUACCGUUACAAGACUGUCCGCCGUGUGAUCCGUCGCCGCCGUGACGUGAACGAGCUCCCCACCGCCGAGUACCUGCCCCCAGUUGAGGAAGCCUCUGAGUCCGUGGCUGUCGAGACUCCCCUGGCCGAUGAUGGAUACCGCUACAAGACUGUCCGCCGUGUGAUCCGUCGCCGCCGUGACGUGAACGAGCUCCCCACCGCCGAGUACCUGCCCCCAGUUGAGGAAGCCUCUGAGUCCGUGGCUGUUGAGACUCCCCUGGCUGAUGAUGGCUACCGUUACAAGACCGUCCGCCGUGUGAUCCGUCGUCGUCGUGACGUGAACGAGCUAUCCGCCGAGUACCUGCCCCCUGUGGAGGAGGCCUCUGAGGCUGUUGCCGUCGAGACUCCUUUGGCCGAUGAUGGAUACCGCUACAAGACUGUCCGUCGUGUGAUCCGUCGCCGUCGUGAUGUCAACGAGCUUUCCGCCGAGUACCUGCCCCCCGUGGAGGAGGCCGCUUCUGCCGUCAUCGAUGUGCCUGCCGAGCAGACCAUCCUGGCCAACGAUGGAUACCGCUACAAGACCGUCCGCCGCCUGAAGCUCCGUCGCCACUAA